GUCGCAUGCAUCAUGUGCUAGGAGGGAAUUGGUCAGCCAUGGCCACCAUUAGUGCCAUGACAAACUCCCCUCACUGACUACUCUAGACUAACACUAGAUAAGGUGGGCCCAGGUGAAGCCUCUAUUGACAGAGGGAAAACCCUGGGUUCAUUCAUGCUGGAUGCAAAAUUAAUGUAUUAAUUAACAAGCAGGUUGGUUACGGGAACAGAAGGGUUGUUCUGGAAGAAGAGUUGGACAGAGUAAAAAAGCACUACUAAGCGAAGGUGGUGAGCUUGGACUGUUUGGUCCGUGUUCCCGCCAUGAUGCCAGCCAGCACACAUUCUUAAACUAGAAAUAUCAGUAUGAAUGUGUACAUGUGUAUGGGAUUAUUCUUGGGCGCUUCGCCAUUCAAGGUCUCAGGAGACCAAAAAAGUGGAAAAUCAGACGAUAAUUCGAGCCCUGCUGGGCCGAAACACGACAGUAUUUUUCGCCUACACGGAAGGACCUACAGGGAGGGCUACGUCGGUGUUGGGCGUUGUAUGUCAAUUAGAACCAUAUUAUACUUAAUAAUACUUAAUACUAUGAGCUGCCAGCUUAGGAUUGCAAGAACUGUGCUUUUUCGCUCCGCGCGCAUUGGCCGGCAGUCUGCGCGGCCAAUCACGCGCGACUAUGGCGGCCGGUGGGCAAGGAGCGAUUUCGGCCGCUUAUAUUUUUGUCUUACGUCCGGAUCAAAAUUUCCGAGCGAUACAGCAUGUGGGUUUUAACUAUUUACGCAUUUAUCGUAAAAUGUUUCUGGGGUUCGAAUGUAAAAGUCUUGCAAAGUUUCCGUGUCCGUUUCACAAUGCAAGGCUUCUGUAGGGUAAUACAUUGGAGCGUCUGUAGCUAUUCGAAUACAUUUAUUCUGAAUUCGCUGCAGCUUUAAUAAAUGUGUUUUCGCAGUGGUUGCCCAGACUGGGGCUGCGUACGUAAUAAUAGGGUGAAUCAGUGUUUUGUAGAGCACAGUAAACCGUUCGUUACUGUGCCUCCACAUCGCCUGCUCAUUACUGGAUAUAGUGAGCUUAGUCUAACCUCAGUUUGAAUUCUCUAGGCAUCUAUAUGAUGGUGCCAGAGAAGCUUCCUGUCCAUGUGGACGCCUAGAUAUUUUACGACGUCCUUGUGUGGAAUUUGUUCGCCAAACAAACGUAUUUAUGGCCUGUGUUCUACAGGUGGAAGAUUUCCGCGAGUAAACACAAUAGCUUCGGACAUCGUUGUGUUCACUUUGCUAAGCCAGGUCGUACACCAUUGCUAGCACACAGCUAAUGCAUCCGUUUUUUUUCCUAGCCUAAUUUAAUCUAAGCUAAUGCAGUCUGGUAGUGGCUAGGUGAAGUGUGUAUGAUCUGCUAUACAGAAACGUGUCGUUUGCAUAGCACAUAGCAGCCUAACUUCACUAGGCGGUGUUCGGGGCGUGGCAAAUCUCUAGAAGGCUAUAUAUGUUAAAUAGAACAGGGCCUAGAAUACUGCCCUGUGGUACGCCUGCUCUUAUUUGUUUGAUGUCAGACAUAGUUCUUUAAGUUGAUACUGAAAACGUUCUGUCUUCUAGGUAGGACGCGACUAGCUUGGUAUAGCAGACCAGGAAAUUAGUUUGAUAUAGUUUGUAUAGAUUAGCCCCGCGUGAUAAACUCUGUCGAAGGCUUUUUCUACGUCUAAAAACGUCGCAACUACAUAAUCUUUUACGUUGAAGGCGCUUGUUAUCUCUUCAGUGAGGCGUAUGAGUUGGUGCACUGUCAAGUGAUUACUGCGAAAAAUCGAAUGGCCUAAGUGUACAGGCCUGCCCGAUCCGCGGACGAAUAUUUUCACGUUCUGCGCGCAUACUUUUCGUUGGUGAUACUGCCGACGAGCGCGGGUUUGAAUGGUAGUUUGAUGAUAUGAAUUGACAAACUGCUAGACUGUGUGUAAUAUAGUUACCCAAAUAACACUAAAACAACAAAAAUGAAUUAAAUAAUAAAUAACCAUCUCUUUUAAAACUAUAACGUGUCAGAACUGAGUGUUAUUGUGCAAACAAAGACUAAUUUUAGCAAAGAUUAUUGCACGAAGUAAGGGAGGUAGGGUUAUAUGAAUGGUCAAAAUAAGUUUUUAUAGCAACUGAUCUUGAGAAAAUGAUUUUUUUGUUUGUGUAGGCCUCAACUUUGACAGCUGAGUAAAGUUUAUUUAAACAAAGGCACAGCAUUUCAAUAAGUGUUUUAUUUUUUAAUGAAUUUCUGAAUUAUAACCUUGUCACAAAUUUUUAUGUAGGAUACAUACAGAUGCAAGUUUAUUAUAAACUGAACUAUUAGUAUUAAUGUUUAUACGUUUCAUUUAGAAAAUAAAUUUAGCUCAUAUUGUUACAUGAAUUAAUAUAUCUGAUACGCUUACUUGCGUUAUUAAAAUAACUUGCAUUAACUUCGGAACAAUUGUAACGUGUCCCAAAUUUUCGGUUGUAAACGCAAACCAAAUAUUUUCAUUUAAUUAUAUUAUUAAUUGAUGUCAUGUUAUGUUGAUAGAACUAACAAAAAACGGCGAAAUAUAAAUUCAAAUUUUUGAUAUUCGUGCUUUAUUGUUUGGCUAUUUAUUUUGGCAAUUUUUCAUAGUUUAAGCACUUAUGAAAAUAUUUACAUAAAAUUCUUAUAAAUGUUUUUUGAGAUUCUUUAAUUAUGUGUGAUGAUUCUGCUAAUAGUUGUUGAGAUAAUUGAGGUAGAUUACCGGUAUUUUACCAUUUGUUUUGUAUUUUGUAUUACGUUAGCUACUUUUAAAAUACUUUUAAGUCAUUUGGAUGGUUGGUUAAGUUUUGUUAGCUUAAUUUAAAACAUUGUUUAAUCGUGUGAAUGGCUGGAGGGAUAAGGUAAUUUAAUUUCGAACACUGUUCAAUUAUUUGAAUGAUUGGUUGUAUACAAUAUUCAUUUAAAAUACUGUAUAUUGGUGUAAAUGUUUGGGUAAGUUACGUUAGCCACAUUAAAAAUACUUAACGGCGUUCUUCGGGAUAGGUGUUAUUCAAAAAACCAUUAAAUGUUCUUAAUGGAGAACCUUCUCUAGAAAAUUAGCAUUACUUGAAAUAGGGAUAACAAUCUGCAGGUAGAGAAGUAAAGAUUGUGUUAGGUAAGUUCCGGGAAGAGGAGUGGCAGAUUUUGCAUUUAAAACUGCAGAAUAAAAAGUACGAAUUUUUGAAAAAUUUAAAUAUUUAAGCUUUGUGAAACGAUUAAUAACCAUGCAACAUUUUUAAAUAAUCAAUAUUAAUAUUACAAGAGUGACAUAUUUUUAAUUAUAUAAUCUUGAUUUUUGAAAUAAAUGCUUUUUUUUUCGGAUGAGGUUGUACUAACCAGCGAAAUGAUUUUUUUUCCGUAUCUAAACUACCGCGUUAUUAUUUUCCUGCCUAGUAUUUUGUUAGUACAAUAUAUAGUACACAAUAUAUAGUGCACAAAAUAAUUUAUUACGGUUGUGGCAAACAACAGUUAACUGGUGUCACUGCUACAAAAGUUUAACAUUAUUUAGCCAAACUUGUGUUGUGAAUGUAUUACACUGAAAUAAAUAAUAAAAUCACUUCAGGCUAUAUAAAAAAAGAUUGUCAAAAUUAAAUGAUAUCGUAGCUUUCGUCCAUUCGAAACCUAAAUUGGGCGGAGACAAAACAAAAUACAGAAAAAAACUUAUUUUGUAAUAAAUGAGGCAAUAAAAUUAGUUAUAGGUAUCUAAUUUCUUAAUUUAUUUACUUGAAUGGAAAUAAAUUUGCCAUUAGAAUCAUCAUUUGUUGAUAACCGCCGUUCUAACAAAAUGUAAAACUCAGAUUAACGUAUAUUUCCGUAUACAUAGCCUACUUUAGCAAAAUAUCUCCAGAGUGACGUCACAAAUUGCUAGCCAGUGAAAGAGAAAGGUGCGCAAAAGGAUACAUAUAUAACUUCACGAUGAUUCACCCGUUAUGUUCACAGUUGACAGAACAGAAGAACGAAUGAAUAUCAAGCAAUGAUUUGUGUAACAUUUUCUUAAGUGUUAUGAGUACGUAAUAAAUAUUCUCGCAGAAACUGUAUGGUGUUAUGUAGGCUGAAGUAUCUAUUUAUUCGAUUUUUUAUUUAUUAGAAAACAAUUUGAUCCGAUUUCCGCAUAGGUAGUUGAGAAGUGUAAUUAGGAUAAGAAAUUUUAAGCUCAAUAUUGUGCUAAAACAGAUUAAGAUAAAUUGUAAUUGGAACCGAAUUAGGGGUUCAUAUGUAAAUAUACAAAUGUUUGUUAAGUGACACAAUAUUUCUGUAAACCUUUGUGUUCUGUACCAUUACAAGAAGGAACAACCAUAUUUCUAUACAUUUGAGAAUAAUAACAGUAGUAUUACAGAAUUAUUUUUAUUUGGUUUCAUAUAGAACUUCUAUAAGCACUCGAACUAUGGUCAAUGGACUGGGAAUGUUGCGUUUAAUGCCGAUUAUAAUUUGUUGUGUUUGUUGCCAGCCAAACUUGUUUAACUAUAUGAUAGAACCUUACACUUAGUACGUGUGGUUUCCAAGUGAUGUUAUGUUCUCUGGAUUAUGUAAUUACAGUUUCCCUUAUACGAAUGUACCGAACAAAUAUAAAGUGUUGUGGUGUAUACCACCAUUGAAAUAUAAGAAACCUCUUAGUUAACACUAGGAAAAUAACAAAUGCAAGUGACAAGUAGCUCAUUUGACAUUGAACAAGAGGAUCGUUCCAAAGAGAGGUUGCACCCUCCUUCCUGAGCGAGCCUUUUGUGACGUUGCAAGUUGUUUCUUGUUUCAUUACAAAGAAAAAUUGAAAAAGUAAGCCAUAAAUUGCACCAUUUUAAAACAUAUUUGCAACAUUGCAAAUAAUUGCUUGAAUAUCUUUCACACUUGGGGUUGGCUAAUGACUAAAUUUCGAAUAAAAUUUUCUAUUUACUCAUUGAUAUAACGUUACGUUAACCAUGCAAGCACAUUUGUUGAAAUGCAGCAUGUACUUUGUAUGGUGUACAAUUAACAGCAUCUUUCAUGUACUUUAUUUUAAUAAUUCUUGGGAAUUUUUUUUCCAGAACUAAUUGAUAUGUUCUCGCCCCUUAAAUACAGGUAACGAGAUGCUGGCCCGUUACCAUCACAUGCAAGGUCUCAAUAGUAUAUAAACAACAUUAUUCUAAUGUAUUGUUAUUGUGGUGACUAGCGAAUGAAUGCAGCAGAUUCCAACUCUUCAGAAUUGUUUCCAGUAGACGCAGCGUCGCACUGCGUGGCUGCGACUGGUUGAUAAUCGCUGGCUCCUCUGUGACAUUGUGGGCAUUGGUGAAUCAAGCUUGUCGUGAAUGUCAGUGCGCUUGCAAACUGACUCCCCUGCUGCAGCUCAUACACCGGUCGUCACUGGAUUCUGAUGUACUUUGUAAUAAUUAAGAUAGUUUCUGAACCAGAACAGUUGAUAAGCUACGGUCCUGAAUCAAAAAAGCUGAUGAAGAGUUUGAAGAUCUGUGUUUCAAAUUUGGUCUUGAGUUGGACGAAGUGACGACGGAGAAACAGAUGAUAACGAAAGAGCAGGGAGCAGAUCAGUCUGAGGGGGCAUCCGAAGAUGUCAUCUACAAGAUAGACAUCCCGGCCAAUCGUUAUGACUUGCUGUGCCUGGAAGGUUUGGCCAGGGGUUUGCUCGUGUUCUUGGGAAGGAUACCACCACCAGUUUACAAGGCUGUCUUCCCUGCCGAUGGAGCCCUUCAGCAACUCGCAAUACAACCUAGUACCCAGGUGGUGCGACCACACGCGGUCGCUGCGGUCCUUCGGAACGUGACUUUCACGAAGGACUCGUACAACAGCUUCAUAGACCUGCAGGACAAGCUGCACCACAACAUCUGCCGGAAGAGGUCGUUGGUCGCGAUCGGCACCCACGACCUGGACACCGUCCAGGGGCCCUUCGUCUACGACGCCAAGCCUCCCGGGGACAUCCGCUUCAAGCCCUUGAACCAGCACAAGGAGUACACUGGGGCCGAGAUCAUGGAGCUGUACUCGACUCAUGCCCAGUUGAAGCAGUACCUUCCAAUUAUCAGGGGUAGUCCAGUGUAUCCUAUCAUUUAUGACAGUAAUGGAGUGGUACUGUCAAUGCCACCGAUCAUCAACGGCGAUCACUCGAAGAUCACACUCAACACUAAGAACGUGUUCAUAGAGUGCACAGCUACAGAUUUAACCAAGGCCAAAGUUGUACUGGACACGCUGGUUUGCAUGUUCAGUGAGUACUGUGCUGAUAAGUACUCUGUGGAGGGUUGCGAGGUUGUCCAGCCAGAUGGCACCACCGUGCGCUACCCAGAGCUGUCGUAUUGGGACCAGCUCAUCAGUCCAGCUGUUGCCAACGAGUACAUUGGAAUUAGUGCUGCACCUGACAAGUUAUCAUUUUUACUGAAUCAGAUGUGCCUGAAGACGACAUUUGUGUCAGAGAACAGUUUGAAAGUGACAGUUCCACCAACCAGGCAUGACAUAAUCCACCCAUGUGAUAUUUAUGAAGACGUGGCUAUUGCAUAUGGCUACAAUAACAUCAAGAAAACAUUCCCACAGUGCAACACUGUCGGUUCCCAGUUUCCAUUGAACAAAUUGUCUGACCAGCUGCGGGAAGAGAUAGCACAGGCUGGGUUCACGGAGGCUUUAACUUUCUCCCUGUGUUCCAGUGAUGAUGUUUCCACGAAGCUGAAAAAAAAAAUUCAGGAGGUACCGGCCGUGCACAUUUCCAACCCCAAAACUUUGGAGUUUCAAGUUGCUCGGACGACUUUACUGCCAGGACUGCUGAAGACCAUUGCAGCCAACAAGAAGAUGCCGUUGCCUCACAAACUGUUUGAAGUGUCUGAUGUGGUGCUGAAAGAUAGCUCUGCAGAAGUGGGCGUGAGGAACGAGCGAAGGCUGUGCGCUGUGAACUGCAACAAGUCCCCUGGCUUCGAGGUGGUGCACGGCCUCCUGGACCGCGUGAUGCAGCUGCUCGAGGUCCCGAGGAGCACCGCCAAGGACAGCUUCGGGUUCCACUUGAGAGCAGCGCACGAUCCAACUUUCUUUCCUCAGCGCUGCGCAGAAAUCAUCGUUGAUGGCAGGGUAAUCGGGAUCAUGGGCGUGCUCCAUCCUGAUGUCAUUACAAAUUUUGACCUUACUUUACCUGUGGCUGUUUUAGAGAUCACUAUUGAACCUUUUGUCUAACUCUUACUGCUGUGUGAAUGGUGAGUGUAAAAGCUGUCUCACCCUCCAUGUUAGUUUAUUGAAUUUGUAUGUCUGAGUCGAGCAACUUGUCUCAAGUUUGACAGCUAUUAAGUAGUACCAACUUUCUAUGUAUCCUUCUGCCACUGUUCUGUUGACAGUGUUGGCAUGUGAUCCUUUGGAAGGGACAUGGGCAGAGAACUGAAAUAAAAAAAAAGGGAGUUUGGA